AUGGCUUUCCAGGCAUGCCUUGAGCCAACCAUAUCAACUCGAAUAAAUCAAACAGAAGCCAGCCGCAAUAACUUGGGUGGUGAUAGCAAAAUCGGGGAUCUGAUUCCUGGGUUAUUCGACAGAUUUUCUCGACAAAUACAAAAUGCUAGCAUCAUCAACUUGUCUGCUUUGCUUUGGGGCUUAGGCCGCUCCAACGACAAAGGAGCGCACCUCAUAAAUAGAACCACUUUGGGCGCGUACACGAGUUUCCCCGUCACAACAUCGCUGACUCAAUAUGAGAUGCGGGUGCCAACUGGGAGAGAGAAAUUGAAUCCAAGGCAUUACAAUCACGAUUGCGGUCGGCAUGCCACAGAUGGAGGUGCAUUCGAGUGGCAAGUAUGGCAUGAAUGA